AGAUCUGGCAACCCUUUUAGCACGCGUCACAAACUCAAAGAAGUCGAUAACUUUGCAGUCUACCAAUACCAUUUCCUAUUUGGCGUGAGGACAUAAGUUGAUUCACAUCUUAGAGCGGAUAUUACUUAACUAUUUGCAAAGCACAGCAUUUCCAAGGAUUUCUCAACGGAACUAUGGAUUUCAACAAGAUGAAGAAAAUGGAGCAGGCGGUUCGCAUUGGCGGCAAGGGAUCGGUGCGCCGCAAGCACAAGAGACUCCCAUCGGCUGCGGCCACUGAAAGGCGCGUGCAGGCCGAAUUAGCCAUGUUACCGUUGAAUGAGCUCCACGAUAUCCAUGAGGUGGCCAUCGAGUUCACCGAUUCCAGUGAGGUUGUGUUUACCAUGCCCAAGGUUCGGGGUAGCAAUCAAAAUUCUUUUUUCGUGGUUAGUGGCGAUAUCGUGCGCAAGUCGUCAACAGCUGGCGCAUCGAAAGUGGCCAAGGCACCCAAGCCAGCCAAUCCACCCAAGCCAGAAUCAGAGGAGUCCAUUAAGGUGGUGGCCAAGAAGCCCAAGAAGCCGCGCAAUCGUGUUCGUCCUCGCAACAAGAAGGUGCAAAUGAUGCUCUUCAAAAACGAUGAAGAAGUGGCCAUGGCUGGCGGGGAUUCGGAGCCGAAGCUUAGCAAUGGUAAAUCAAUUUUGAUCUCCUCUGAAGAUGCUAGCGAUCCGGAUAAUGACAACGUGCCAUCGGAUGAGUCUGAUGUGGAUCAGACCAUCGUCUGCGACAAAGAUUCGCUGGAAAGCGGCGAUGAUUCCUCUGAAGAUGGUGGCGAUCCGGAUAAUGACAACGUGCCAUCGGAUGAGUCUGAUGUGGAUAAGACCAUCGUCUGCGACAAAGAUUCGCUGGAAAGCGGCGAUGAUUCCGAUGGCAAGGAGGACGAUGACAGUAAGGAGUGAAACUACCAAUUUUCUACUCCGAUUACUAUGGUCCUGCGGAGCAGGUGAAUCCGAAGACUCAACGCGCAUAGGUCUCCGAGGACGAAGAUUAGACAUACUCAUUUGUUGAUACAUUUGUACCAAUUUUCUAAAUAAAUCGCAUACUAAAUACA